AUGUCCAGCCUAUCUUCCAUCUUGCUGCUGUGGUGCAGCCUGAUCAUCGCAUGCUAUGGGUUCAGAGUCCCCAUUAGCGAUACCGACAACCUGCGAGAAGUAUGUUCGGGAAUGUAUGGAGGCAAGGAGGCCUAUAUAGAUAUGGCAUUCGAUGAAUCCUCGUCAGGCCAGGUUGCAUUGGUGAUCUAUGAAUGGUCCGACGUCCAGUACUUGGGUGCGCAGGGAGACGAUGACCUCAGAACAUAUAUCUGUACCACCUCGGCUGUCCGUUCCGGGCUUUGUACCGACUCCAACAUGGGCGGAUUCAUCACUACCUACCCCGAAGGUGUUGACACCAACGCCACCAGCAUCUUCACCACCCCUCUCCGCUUUUCGAACGUCUUUUCCUCCAUACCCUCAUCGGACGAGGACGAAUCAGUCGAGGCGUCAGCCACUACGUCUGCAGAGUCUGCUGAAGAGACUGGGAGUACAGAGUCUGAGAGCGAGGAAGAGUCGGCAGAGGGUUUGGAUGCGGAGAACGAGUACGAGGAGGCUGCAAAGUUGGCAGAGUCGGUGGGAGAUAUUGAGGAGCGAAGGGUGACUGCUAGAGACAGGGAAGGUGUGGCACCCCUCUACACCAGCCCGAUCACCUACGCCGUGCCCAAGACCGGGUACUACUGCGUUGGCAUCGUGCCCGUCACAUUGGUCAACUCCAAGCGAGACCUGACGAAGCGAGAGGCGACUCAUGCCGAGUAUUCUGGUGUUGUCUUGUUCAGAAACACGUUUGAGGGAGAGUUGCCUGCUGUCGAGUAUCCCAAGAUCGGCUUCUAUCUGUCUCUUAGCAUUGUCUACUUUUUGCUCGGCUGUGGCUGGGCAUACUUUUGCAGUAAACACCACCGCGAGCUGCUGCCCAUGCAAUACUACAUAUCCGGCACCAUCGUCUUCCUCGUCAUCGAAAUGCUCGCCCAAUUCGCAUACUACCGCUACAUCAACAAGAAUGGCGGUGGCGCCACCUCCCUCGCCUUCCUCUUUGUCAUUGCCGUUCUCAACGCUGCGCGAAACUCUUUGAGCUUCUUCUUGCUGUUGAUUGUCAGUAUGGGGCUGUCGGUGGUGACGCAGAGCUUGGGGACGGUCAUGACCAAAGUCAGGAUUCUGACUGCACUUCAUUUCAUCUUUGGAGUUGUAUACGCCGUUGGAACCGUCCAAGUCGAGAUCGACAACGCCUCCCUACUCACUGUCCUACUCCUCAUCUUCCCCCUCUCCCUCACCCUCACCGCCUUCCUGAUGUGGAUCAUCGUCUCCCUCAACGGCACCAUACUGCACCUCCAAGCCCGCAAACAGCGUUACAAGCUUCAAAUGUUCCAGCGUUUGUGGCGGAUCUUGGUCGUCAGCGUGAUUGCUGUGGCGGCAUUCUUUGUCGUCUCGAGUAUGAGUCUGUCCAAUCGUUUGGAUGAAGAUUACACCCCAAGCAGCUGGAAAUACCGCUGGAUCCUCCUCGACGGAUCGCUCGCCACCAUCUACCUCCUCGCCUUUGCCGCUAUCGCCUACCUCUGGCGUCCCACGCGCGACAAUCUCCAAUUCUCCAUGUCCCAAGAACUCGCCCAAGACGAGGCGGACGCAGAUGCCGAAGACUACGAGUUUGACGCUCUCGACCUCGAAUCCGGUCGAGGGCGUGGUAUGGGGCACCAGCCUCUGGGGCAGGAUGAUGACGAUGAGGAGGAGGAGGAUGUGAGAAAGGGGCUUGUUAGGGGUACGCAUGGGGUCGGGGAGGAGAAUGUCGUUUUUGCUAUGGGAGAUGAUAGUGAUGAAGAAGAGGAAGGGAGGAGGAGCAAGGGUGGGUAUAGAGAUAGUGAGGAGGCGGGUGGGAGCCGUAGAGCGUCACCGAGUGAGAAUAAGGGCAAGAAUGAUUAA